ACUGAGAAGGAGUUGGGCGGUGGAGAGAGGGGAGAAAAGUUACCAGGUCAGCAAGACAAGCGUGGAAGUGAGGCAGCUGAGAGGUCUGACUCCCGGCGGAGCGGCCGGGUCAGCAAUCAGCCGCACGGGAGGCGAGUGAUGUUACGGGACUGGAUGCAACUUCUUCUUCUUCUUCUGCUCUGCAAGAGUCCUGUCUGAAGGCAGGGGUAAUGCUCCUCGCGGGACCCUUCAGCACCGCCACUUCAGGAUUAUCACAGCAGCAAGCCGGGGACACUUAAAGCUGCCGCUCAAGCACUUCGCUUCAACUCGCCUCUGUUCAGGAGACUUUCCCAUCCAGCUGUGUGUGUGUGUGUGUGCGUGCGUUUGCAGGUGGAUGUAGUUGCCUUGCGGCGUGGGUUUCAUCCUGCAUUGCUUCAGAGUGUGGAGCAGUGGCGAUUCGGAGGGCAAGUUGUUCUGUCCUGUCAUCUCUGAGACUAUGGUAGACUGUGCGUCAAAGAGCCCUUCAUCAGCAGCUGCAGCCCUAGAGCAUGGAGAAGUCCAGCAGUGAGGAGUCAGCCAUUCACCGUAGCCCCUCUGUAGACAGCCGCGACUCCGAUUUUGCUCAAGCCUCCACGUCUGGCCGCCCGCUUGGCGGCCGCGGCUUCACUGCCGGCGCUUUCUACGGCUCCACGGGGCCGCGCAAAAACGCACAGCAGGGACAGACUGGAGCGGCAGCUGACGCCGGCGCAGGAGACAAGACCAACAACAAGUACAGCUCGCCCAAAGGCAGUAAAUACGUGGUCUUUUACCUGGAUCUAUCGUUUGUGUUCCUUUUAGAAUUCAAGAAGUGCAACAUGGCAAGAGGCUGUCUCUGCUGCUUGAAGUAUAUGAUGUUCAUCUUCAAUCUCAUCUUCUGGUUAUGUGGCUGUGGGCUGCUCGGCGUGGGCAUCUGGCUCUCCGUGUCUCAGGGCAGCUUCGCCACCUUCUCACCCUCAUUUCCUUUCCUGUCAGCCGCCAACAUGGUCAUUGGCAUCGGCGCCAUCGUCAUGAUCACGGGCUUUCUCGGCUGCCUGGGCGCCAUCAAGGAAAACAAGUGCCUGCUUCUGAGCUUCUUCAUUGUCCUGCUGAUAAUUCUCCUGGCGGAGCUGAUAUUGCUCAUCCUCUUCUUUGUGUACUCAGAUAAGGUGAGUGAGAACGCCAAGCAGGAUCUAAAGGAUGGGCUGGCUCUCUACAACUCAGACAACAACAUAGGUCUGCGAAAUGCCUGGAACAUCAUCCAGGCGGAGUGGAAGUGCUGUGGCGUGAUAGCGUACACCGACUGGCACGAGGCCCUGAAGGAAAAGGUCGUACCCGACCGCUGCUGCCAGGAGCAUUACCAGAACUGUGGGCGGAACUCCACCAACAUGUUCUGGAACCGGGGUUGCUUCGAGAAGGUGGAGGAAUGGCUGGAUGAUAAUAAGCAUCUGCUGGGAACCAUAGGCAUGGUCAUCUUGGUAGUACAGCUCCUGGGCAUGGCGUUCUCCAUGACACUGUUCCACCACAUCCACAGAACGGGGAAGAAGUACGACGCCUAGCCUUGGGCAGCGGCACCCAAUGGAGAGGAGCCCCACUGCCUGAUGGGAUAAGACUCUGGUUGAAACAGCCCUGCUUCCCCCUCACUUUACAGCCCCUACAGAGCAUUAUUUGCCCUCCCCUCCCGCCCCUCCCAGACCUUCUGUACAGAUUCCAGCUGUGUUCCUGCUCCGCUCUGCUCUCUCCUCUCACUCAUUCAUUUUGCCAAAGAGUAACACAACUGGAAGAGAAGGAACACCUCCGCUUGGCAAGGAAGAGAAUCCCAUCGGUUUUGCUCCGCCUCUCGAGUACACUUCACUUUAUUUUGUUUUACUUUUCUUGCUUGGACUAACACUUUUUUGCUGGAAGGACGGAUGGACACUGAGACAGUUGAGACUUUACUAAUUGCCCACAAACAACCCAUGGAAGGCGAUGAGAACCUCUGAAACUGACGGAAACCCUCCACCUCCUGUGGAGCUUCUUUUUUCUCAUGUCGAUCCAAGUUCAGCCCCUCUUUUUCCCUUGUAAAUGAAAAAGAUCCAACAUAGCAUGCUAGUUUUCUACUUUACUGAUUUACCACCGUUUUUCUUUCAGGUGUCAUAUGUUGCCAUUGUUUGUU